CCAUGGAUUUGUAAUAGGUCCACGCUCAUACACACACACUCUCCCUCAUACACACCCUGGUACACCCUAACCAUUAUGCCCUCACACACAGGUACACCCACACCCACAAGCACACCCACACACACCUUAAUACACACCCACACAUUCACUCCUCUUCCCCUCCUGCCAGCGACGUAUUACAGCAAGCUCUAGGCCUCUCUGUUGGUCACUAUGGGGGAAGGCCCUCGAUCGGAUGACUCGUGACUAUAGGAAGGCGAUGUUCAAAGCUCAUGUCUUAUUUCUAAUCUCAACUUCAUGUGAGAGUGCACGUGGAUCUAACUCUGCUCGGAAAUAAACAGUGUCAGGAAAAUACUAUAUACCAACUUUGGAGACGAGAAAGGAAUAAUAGGAUGAAAUGUAGACCUUCUUAUCAAGAGUGAAUCAAACGGACACUUUGAGAGUUUGAAUACAAUUUAAUAUACAGGUGUUUCAGCAACUGACUCAAAAUGGCGUGUGGAAUACAUCGAUAUAACUACCUUGGUAUUUUACCAAUAGCUAUGCUAGUUCUCUCUAUUACGAUGUUGGUUAGUGCUUACAUCGUAGCCGUAACGCGUGGCGACGUCGCCUUCUUGUUCCCGUAUAUUAGUGAUGCUGCCAGCACGGCCCCACAAAGCUGUAUCUUCGGUCAACUGCUGAACAUGACAGCGUUAAUUGUGUUUGCUGGUGUUUUUGUAAGAUUUCGUCAGUUAGCCAGCCUCGUUCCUCCAUACUAUAUCAAGAUCAAGAGUAUGAAUAUUUGGGGACUCGUCUUUGGAUGGAUCUCAGGAUUCGGAAUGACACUAGUCGCAAACUUUCAGGAUUCAAACGUACUAAUCGUCCAUCUGAUUGGAGCAUUUCUCUUGUUCGUGAUGGGAACCGCCUAUUGCGUCACGCAUACCAUCAUCUCAUACAAACUCUACCCACAAUACAACACGAUGUUGCUCUGCCGGUUGCGACUGGUCAUCACCACGACAACGGCGGUAUCGAUGAUAAUCAGUAUCAUAACAGGUGUAAUAGCUGAGAUGCUUUGGUAUCAUACACACGGUGACCAUACGAGAGAUCGAUCACAGGUGCAUUGGGGACCAGAAGAUGGGGGCUACAUUCCUCAUCUAAUAAGUGCCUUUGCGGAAUGGGUAAUGAGCAUAGCCCUCAUGGUCUUUUAUCUCACCUACACCAAGGAGUUCUUCAACCUACAACUCCACAUCAUGGUCUCACAAUGCGACUUACCCGAUGCUCUAUGGAUCACCUGUCGCGAGGUCCUCUCUCCCCCGAUCCGUACCCCGUCCCAACGCCCUACAAGGAUCCGUGAUGGCGGAGAUGAUGAGAUCUUGGACGCCGAGAUGGCGGAGGAGGGCGUGAUCCCGCGUCCCUGUUGUCAUAGGAACAGCCAAGAGUCGACUCGGUCGACGAUUCCGCUUCAUUCUGAGCACUCGCCUCUCUGUACCAAAAGUUCGGAGAAAGGGCACUUCUUGGUUUGAUGUUUGAUGACUAAGAGGAGUUGGGGGAUAUAGACUACGCUAUGAUCAUGAUGAUUACAAGGCGGUCGACAUGUUGACGCUGUGGUAGAGAGCACGAUCUUUGAACGAGAGGUCAUGGGUUCGAUCUGCGACCGAGUCAUACCAAAGACUUCUUUAAAAAAUAAAUAAGAAUCGAACCAUUUGCCUUUAUGGAACAGUCAGCAUAAACGAUGGAAAAUUAUAACACUUUAUCAUGUUAUACAUGUACCAUAACUAAUUAGCAGACCAAUACAGCGACGUAAAGCAG